AUGUAUUUUCUUCUUUUGGGGUCCACUUUCAAAACUUCCCUUCGAUUUCUUUUACUAACACGGUGUUUUCGAGUAGUUAUAACUGGAGGAUUUAUUUAUGAUUUGACAGGAAAAAAAAAGGAAUUUGCCAUGAACUGGAAAUUACUAUAUUUGGUUUCCUUAUUCAGUUACUGUGGAACAAGUGCGCCACUAGUUUUGACACCCAAUGAUCCUUUUGCAUUUCUUGGUGAGUGUCUAAAACUAAACUGUACACUAUCAUCCACUCAGUAUGGCAAUUCCUCCACACUUUACUAUACCUUCAAAGAAAAUAUCUUCUCUAGUGACCACUAUAAAAUUGUUGAUGAGAAAACGAUGGAAUUCACCAAGUGCAUACAAGAUAUAAGUGAAGCUGGAACAUACAUUUGUAAACAAAAUUUCACCAAUGCUCAAAACCAAAUGGAACUUCUUUUUGAUGGACAAGUUGUUCGUAUAGAAAAAGCUUUGGUUCCAAUUCCAAAAGAUUCAAUUCAUUGCAUUGUUACAAAUUGGAAGUAUAUGAAUUGUACAUGGAGUCUGGGCGAAAACUAUUUACAGAAAAAUGAAAUCAAUGUCAGCUUAAGUUUCAAAAUAAUAAAUAUAGCAAAGUGUCCCAAACUUUUGCAAACUUCAUGUCAAUGGAGCAGAAGGUAUGCUGACCUGACCAUGCCUAUGAAAAUUAACCUUACUGUAUUUCAUCAGAGAAAACCAGAAAAAAAAUUUGUAACAUAUUUUGAACUACCUCGGGAUAAAAUAGUAAAGCCAGCUCAAGUACAAUUAAGUUCAAAUCCAACAUUUACCAACAGUUCCUGCUUCAAGAUUGAAUGGAGACACCAAUAUUUUUUUAAAGUCAAAUAUAAUAUCACCUUAAAUUCUAAAUUUGAUGGAAACAAAACAAUUCUUAGAAAUGUUAAAAAUUUGGAGGUUUGUGAUCUUCUUCCUGGAGAAACAUAUAAAGUUGGUAUUUCUGCUUUUCCCAAAAAGGGUCCUGGUAUUUGGAGUGAACCACGUUUUUUAUUCAUUCAUAUCAACAGAACAUAUCCAAGUCAGCCGCCAUCUUUGACUCAAAGUAGUUUUAAAUGGGAUGAAAAUCAUUCUACUGUUGUUCUUUAUUGGCAGUGUCUUAUACGUAGUGAAUAUGGUGCUAAUGAAGUUGAUCUUCAAUGGUUGAAUGUCAGUGCUAACAAAAGCUCGGUAAUAUUGCAACUAGAGAAUAACAGCAAGUACUCAUUUGGUGUGGCAGCUGAGAACUUCAAUGGUUCCAGUGGACUAACUUGGGGACGUUGUUUUUACUACAAGAAAAGACCCCUAAAACCAGUUGAUGAAUUUUCAGUGGAGCCAUUUUAUGAUAAACUGCAGAUUGAUUGGAAACCCUAUGAUUGUUUCGUUGAAAAAGCUUACAUUAUUGAAUACAAAAUCAAGUAUUGUAAAGCUUUGAAUAAUUCACAAUGUAAUGAAGCUGUGAAAGAGAAAACUGUUCACAGAACUGAAAGAAAAUUCCAGACUCCUAAACUGUCCCCAGAUUAUUAUCUUGUCUGGGUUGAGCCACUCACAUAUGGUGGAUCUGGACCAUCAAGUGUAAAAAAGAUGGUAAAAAUAUCUUCCAGUUCUUUGAGCACUGCCAUUAUCGUUGUUAUAGCAAUUGCCUCAUUUCUGGUAUCAAUAUUCAUCAUUCUGGGAUGUGUUUAUGCUUACAAAAAAUGCUCUUAUCAGAUUGCCAAGUGUGAUCCAUCAAUUGAUUUUCCUGUGGUACCUCAAAAUUCUUAUGACACCCUUGGAACACAUAGAGUGAACACUUCUGCAACAACGCAUUCUGAAGGUAGCAGCCUUACAUCCUCUGCAAAUACGGAAAUUACUCAACUGUUUGUGAAUUUUCCUUCUUUGAGUAAUGAUAAGGACUCUGACAUUUCUCACCAGUUCACCACUGUUAAACACUUCUAUCUAUCUAUCUAUCUAUCUAUCUAUCUAUCUAUCUAUCUAUCUAUCUUUUAUUCAUUUUCUCAAUGA